GGCUAAACAGUAAAACAAUAUCUGCUUAUAUGCUUUUUGGUAAUUGCACUUUUCGAUUUAAACUUGUGACAACUAGCCCCGGUCUCGCCUGUUGCGUUAAGUGUAGGUGGCGUUGGAUAUGUCUCGAAACGGUAUGUGUGUGAACGCACGGACAGAUUCCCGAAAAUCACUGACAGUGUGAAUGAACAAAAUCUAACGAUCCCGGGAAAAAUUCCUGGACAUAUUUUCCAUGAUUUUGUGUGCAAAGGGCUCUAGAAAGCUGUCUUAGACAGCAUAUUUCGUGCGUGUAUUUUUAGACUUGAAAGUCGCGCAUGCAGUCACAGAGACGCACACAAAGCUCCGCUGAGUCAGCAGGCAAUGCCCCUAUGGGGGUCAAUUGGCCAGAAUUUGCGACACAGCAACAGUUUGUAUGAAGUCAACGUGACCGGGACGAGUAUUGCGAUGGACUUCUCGGUCAUCGCUCUGACGUCAUUGUUUAACAGAUCGAGCGGAGCAUGAAUGAUAGCAUAUAUAUAAGCCGGAUGGACACUCACUUCUGAGUCGACUACUGAGGGAGAAAUGAAAACAAAUACCCGACAUCUCUUUAAAAUGACUUUAACACUUGUGUUUAUCAUCCUCGUGGGGUGCCCAUUCGCCUGCAGGGGGGCAAAAUGGACAUACAACGGACCUGAUGGAGAACACCACUGGCCCAGGAACUACCCGUUCUGUGGUGGAGCGUUUCAGUCACCCAUUGAUUUCCAAACACAGCUGCUGAGAUACGAUCCAAACCUACCGCCAAUUCAAGUCCAGAACUACAACCUGUCAGCCCAUGAACAGCUUACGCUAAGCAACAACGGACACUCUGUGCAGUUGUCUUUGCCUCCACACAUGUACAUUUCCAGCUUGCCUCACAGAUAUUCAGCGGCUCAGCUUCAUUUCCAUUGGGGUUCAUCCAAUUUGCUCACCGGUUCAGAACACACCGUUAAUGGAAAACAGUUUGCUGCAGAGAUGCAUGUUGUGCAUUUCAAUUCUGAAAAGUAUCCCAACAUCUCCAUGGCAGUGGACAAGCAUGAUGGACUGGCUGUGCUGGGAGUUUUUAUUGAGAUUGGAGAGUACAACCCGGCUUUCAACAAAUUUUUCAAGUACAUCAAUGGAAUAAGAUAUAAAGGUCAGAGAAUACAGGUUCCUUCCUUUGACAUCCGUCAGCUGUUACCAGCCGCUCUGAAUGAGUAUUACCGAUACGACGGUUCUCUGACAACACCUCCCUGCUAUCCCAGCGUGCUGUGGACCGUGUUUAAGAAACCUGUCACCGUUUCACACAAACAGUUUUUGGCAUUGGCAACAGCUCUGUAUGCCACAUACUCUCAAGACUCGGCUCCCAUGCCUCUCCAUGGAAAUUACCGGAAGCCACAACUAACAGACAGCCGAGUGGUACUGGUGUCCUUCAAUGACGGACUGCAUGGUAUUUUUUCAGUCACAUCUCCCGCUGAAAGAAGACGAGUCGUUCAGAAGCUUCUGAUGGGUGACCUGGCCGAUCUGGCUGACGAUGGCCUCCACCAGCUUCUACCAAAUCUGAAUCCUCAACCUGGGGCGAAUAACAAAUGGAAGGCCACCAAAACACACGGUCUCAAUAACCAGGCCACUCAACAUCAACAAUGGCAAAAAGACCCGAAAGUCCCAAGCGACACCGUUCGCACUUCCUCCAUUGGGAAGUACUUGCCAAGACACGGUUCUAGAGAGUUAUGCUUUGAAUCCCUGGAGAAAAAAGUUUUACAUCAGCUCCAGAGAUAUAAUGCAAAGGGACAGACGGUUGAGGCUUUGAGAGACGUCGUGUUCCCGGAGUUGAACCUCAGGAGCUAUUUGGAUUGCAAGUCUGAAUUGGACCUCCAGACCGUGAGGCAACUCGUGCAAGGAAGAUCCAAGGAUGAGGCCACAGAGCUCGAACAAUCACUGACUAAAGCCAUGUUGAGACAGAUGAGGAGGCAAAUCUGGUUGAAUGGACAUCCAAACCAGAAAAGCAUCAUGGGGCAUCCUCAAGCUACAUCUGUGAAGGACUUUAGCUUGGGAUCUGCUUACCACAAACCUCAGCAAGUGGAAUGGGAAGAUUAAAUCUAAGACGUCCCCUGAAGCUUCCAUUUUCGCUGUAGUCAGUCAUGCACACUCAGAAUAUUUAGUCAGCUUGACUCUUAGGGCCAGAACGACGAUUGACUAAUAUUAAUUAAGUGUGACGGCACUUCUCUUGCGCUUUAUCUCAGAGACAUGGAGAGGUUUUGUUGUCAGCUAGUUUUUCUCUUGUUGCUCUCAGAUGCAGGUAUACAGGCAAUGGGGUGGCUUUGACUUGUUUUGUUGUGCCUUUAGCUUAUAAAAAGUUUAAUGUGACCCUGGAGCACAAAACCAGCCAUAAGUAGGACGGGUAUAUUUGUAGCAAUAGCCAACAAUAGGCUACAUAGAGGUCAAAAUUAUCAAUUUUUUAUUUUAUGACAAAAUUCAUUAGGGUAUUAAGUAAAGAUAUUUUGUUAACUUACUACAGUAAAUAUAUAAAAACUUUAUUUUUGUGAGUGGAUGCAGCAAAAUGGUAAACAAAAAUUGGCUACAAACACCUACAAACAUCGCUUGCUGCUGCUCGCUCUUUGGAAAUUAAGUUUGGUAUCUAUGUAAAGCUAAGAAUUUUCACUUUCGGUUUCAUCUACUCUUCACAAUGUCAUUACACCGGUAAGUUUAUAGAGAGCGUUAAAACUAACCUGUUUCUUUUUAGCAACAGCCUGCUAAAGCGCCUCUGAUGGGCAAGUUUAAAAGCGAUCUUCUCUUUUUGUGCACCCCCAGAUUUCAGAUUUUCUUAAAGUUGUAUCUCAUCUAAAUAUUGUCCAAUCAAAACCAUAUUUUCCCAAGAAACCAUACAUCAACAGAAAGCUUAUUUAUUCAGAUUUGACACAUUGACACAACAUUUGCCAGAUUAAAUGAGUUUGGAGAAACCACAAAGUGGAAGUUUUUCAUGUUACGUGAACAUCUGGAUCCGAAAGCUCGACUGGGAACUCUUGUGGGUCGGUGCAAAUCUUAAUAGAUCAUAAGCAAGGCACAAAAAAAUGCGAAGUCAAAAUGUUAAGGGCAUAUUUUUAUAUUUUAUGGGAAAGUUAAAGAAAUGUAACGUCAGAGUAAUUUACAUUUCGUUGGCAGAAAGAGUCAUUCCAGAAUUUAAAGGCACAUGGGAACAAAAUAAGAACUUAAGUAUUUAAACACGGCUGCAUUCUACAACAAAAAAGAAUCUAUAAAUUUUAGGGUGUGAUCAGAAAACUAAGUCUUCUUUGUAGGCGUACUUUAUAUGUAUUUUGGUGUCUAGACUAUGGAUUGUAAAAAAUAAAAGCAGAUUUACUGUAUAUGACGUAAGUGUCGUUUCUUCACCAAGUAGAGGAUGUACAGUAUAUUAUACUGU